UGAGCAUCCUGCGAGCAAAACCUCACUUUGCCGGGUAAGUAGAUAAUCCAUCCACGACCCCCACACCCCCCACUGAAUGACACCAAGUGUGUGCGGUACGCGAAGAUCUGUCGGCUGACAAGACAAAGCACUGCUCUUCACUUCACGUGCAGCAGCGGACCCACCUCAUAUAGCCACAUGCACAUGAAACAAAGUCCGUGCACAAUCUCAUCCACAGAUCCUGCAGCAUGUGGAGAUUAAGAUAAGUACACAACCUCGUAGGUAUCAGUCGCUCUGUCAUCGAUCGUAUGCAUGCAUCCGAUGCAUCCGUCCAUUGCAUUCUCCCGCUCAGGGAAAAAAACGCCCAGGUCACAGCACUGUGGUUGAGUCCCAGCAGAAUCUCCUUGAUGCUGACUGCUGCAGGCCAUCCAGCACACCCAUCUGCGCCUCACUCAAACGGAAAUCAUACACCUGAGGUCACAUGUGCACCACCACACACGCGAAUGAACGAAACGUAGACAAAGGCGCCUCUCCGUGCACACCUGCAGGUUGCCGCGAAUGCGGUCUGUGUGUGCGCUUCGCGGUAUGACGGGAACUCCAUGCUGCAAACUCCACCUCAGCAGCACCUGCGCAGGAGUGCGAUGGCACUCAGAGGCGACGCGCAACACAGCUGGAUGGGUCAGGAGAGCCGAGUCGCCUGACCCAAGUGACGCAUACCUGCACACACAACAGACAGACACAUGAACCAAAGCGUGACAUACCGUGCAGUGCAGUCUGGAUGCGGCCGUGUCUGUCUGCGUACCCCUGAAUGACCAGUGGAGCGAAGGCAGGCGCGUCAGCGCCGCUGGUCUUGUCCCUCGGGGGCAGCCACGCGAGGAGGUCGCGGCGAAGGCAAAACGGGUGAAACUCUACCUGAACAAACCAAAAGUGAUAGACACAGGUACCGACUAACUCAUUUUGCCUUGUCUGAUUGAUGGACAUGUACCUGGUUGACUGCCGGUGGGAUGCCUAUCCCGUCCUCAUAAAGCGCAUCUAGUGGGUGGAAGCGACGCAGGCAGAUCAUACCAUGAAAAUAGCAACCAACACAUGUGCGGUGCGCACCGCACGCCAUUUGUGUGUGUGUACCGUACCAAGGUGGGAUGGGUUGAAGUUUGACACACCGAUGGCACGCACCUUGUUGUCACGACACAGACACUCCAAAGCCUGACGGUAGAAGCCAUGACUGGGCGAUCGGGGGGUCCAUCCCUUUCCUUGAUAAGUGGCUAACCUUCCAGCUCUCAUGGCGUGCCUUCCGAUGCACUGCGUCCAUGUGCUGCCUCUGAGGACACGACGGGCGCAAAAGGCAGCCGUGAGGCGUCGUAAAUGGCAUACGUGGACACGUGACAGCCCCCAGCACUCAUCGCGUGUGUGUCACCUUGGCCACGCCGGGCCAGUGCAGCAGGUAGAGGUCCAGCUGCUCAACGCCCAGCCGUCUCAAGCUCUGCAGGCAGGCCGCGUAGGUCUUGUCAAAGCCCUGAACACAAGACACGACCACACAAACAUACAUUAGGACCUCACCUCAGUGACUGGCGUGGCGUGAAUCUCCCGCGUACAGUACCAUCUCGUAUGGCGAUGCCUUGCUGGUGAUACACACAUGCUCACCACCAUGACGCGACCGCCAUCGACUCAGCGCAGCCCUGCAUACAACACCAACAGAGGAGAACCAAACACGUAUCCAAUUCACGACUCAUGAGUGCCACUGCUUACUUGACAUGUUCUUCAUUCUUGUAGAUGGAUGCCGUGUCGAUAAGGCGAUAGCCGCACUCUAGGGCGGCCUCCACCGCCACCUCGCAUUCAUGGCCCUGCAGCCGAUACGUGCCGAAACCGACUCGCGGCAUUUCGAUGCCUUCCCCGAUGCAAACUGUCUUCCUUUCGUCCAUCCUGUGUCUUGUCGGAUAAAUAGCGUGCUCAGGUUGCUCGUAGAGUAGUUGAUGACCAAGCAGAUGGAGUCAGAGUCUUUUCGCUUUGGAAAGACCCAGUGUGCCUAACGCUAUGGCGUUGGGCUUCCGCUAGAAUAGUAGGCUCCGUUUCACGAAGCUACCUAAGAAAGCGGGUAUCUCCCUG